AUGUCGCUUUACGAUGGGAUUGAUUUAGAAGAAAAACAAAAAGCAGAUUUGGCUGGCUGGGGGUCUAGCCUAAAAUUAUUAGAAACUCAAAAGCAAUUACAAGAAAAGAAAAUGAUGCUUCAGAGUUUAAAUAAGAAGAAAAAUAAUCCAACUUUAACUCCGGUGAUUAGUUUGAAGAAUCGACGGGGAGAGGAUGGUCAUAAUCAGGUGGAAUCGAUGGGGGGAUUGUUUGGCUCGUACAUAGGGGACGUGGCAUUUGUUGGGAUUGUCGACGAGUAUGACCCGAUGAAACCGAACGAUUAUGAGAAGAUCGUGAAGUCCAAGAAACAAAAUUCGAAUGAUGAUGAUCGAAGCCGCCACGACGACCACCACAGAAGCAGUAUUAGGAAUGACGAGGAUGAUGGUUACAAACAUCGGCCUCCCGGCUGGCGAAAUGGUCCUUUGCUCGACGACAGGAAACGAAGAGAUAGAAGCAGACGAGAUGAAGAUGACUAUGAUUCUGGCAGUGCUGCUAAGAUAAGAAAGUCUGAAUCUGAAUCAAGUAUGGCCCCAAAAGCAGCCAUAGCUCCUCCCCCUUCACUAAUUGAGGCAGACGAUAAAAAGAUUGUAGACUUUCAAGGUCCAGUAUUGAAUAAGCCAGAACCUCCAGGGAGUCAGUUUGGUUUGAGCGGUUCUGUGGCCUCGAAAAUCAUGGCUAGGAUGGGGUACAAGGAAGGUCAAGGUCUAGGCAAGCAGGAGCAGGGCAUGAGUAUUGCCCUCCAGGUUGAGAAGACUAGUAAAAAGAUUGGCAAGAUUAUUCACGAGAAAGAUUUGCAUAAAUCUCAAGAUCUGUCAGUUCCAAGGGCUGAGAUGAGCAAUGCCAAUCUACUGAGGAAUCCUUCCAAAGUCAUCAUGCUACAAAAUAUGGUGGCUCCAGGAGAUGUUGAUGACAUGCUUGAAACUGAAGUGUCUGAGGAAUGCGCCAAAUAUGGGAAGGUCGUCAAGUGUGUCAUAUUUGAGAUCCCAGACGCGAUUGAGGAAGAGGCGGUUAGGAUAUUUGUCGAGUUCGACAGAUUAGAGGCGUCCAUCAAAGCUGUUGUGGAUCUGAAUGGAAGAUUUUUCGGCGGCAGAGUUGUCAAAGGAAAUUUCUACAACAUCGACAAAUUCAAACAGUACCAACUCGGCGAUGACGUAGACUGAUUUAUUCGUUCACUCACUCACUCAUUCUUUCAUUCACUCACUCAUCCAUCCAUAAAUUUGUUUAUACUCUUAUUCAUUUCUUUAUUUUACUCCUUCGUUUGUUAGUUAGUUCAUUAUUUUAUUUAAUUUCUAAUCGGAUUCCUGUUUAAGAAUCCAAUUUAAAGUUUACGGUAAUAUAACAGUGACAGUUUGUAAUGGAAAAAAAAGAGUAUUGUAAUAUAAUGUAAUGUAACGUGACAUUAAUGUGUGUUGUUUAAAUGUUAGCAUCAUGAAACUCUUGCAUGUUGUUCAAUGUUUGUUAAAAGGUUUAUAUAAUGAAUAAACUGUAUGUAUUUGUAUAUAUAGUAUUCUUACAUAAGUGUGUGUGUGUGUGCGUGCGUGCGUGUGUGUGUGUGUGUGUAUAAGUGUGAGACAUCAAGGCAUAUUGACCAGAUUCGCUUUGUUGAUAAUGACAAUUUUUAGGAAAAAAAAAAAU